AUGGGGUACAGUCCACACUAACAUCUCCCACGACACCAGGUCUACCAGAACAUGCGCUGACAAUCCCUUUUCACAGUAUCUCUCGUGACUCCCGUCACAAGCGCAGCGCCACUGGUGCCAAGCGCGCAUACUAUCGCAAGAAGAGGUAUGCAUAACCCGAUUGUCUCCCACGCUUCGCACCAUCCUGAUGUGAAGCCAGAGCUUUCGAGAAGGGCCGCCAGCCCGCCAACACCCGUAUCGGCGCCAAGCGUGUCCACCUCGUCCGCACUCGUGGAGGAAACCGCAAGUUCCGUGCUCUGCGUCUCGACUCGGGCAACUUCUCCUGGGGUAGCGAGGGCAUCUCCCGCAAGGUCCGCGUGAUCGCUGUGGCUUUCCACCCGUCCAACAACGAACUCGUCCGUACCAACACCCUCACCAAGUCCGCCGUUGUCCAGGUCGACGCUGCGCCAUUCCGACAAUGGUACGAGGCACACUACGGCGCCUCGCUGGGCCGUAGACGCCAGAAGGCAGGAGAGGGUCAGGAGGAGACCAAGAAGAGCAAGAGCGUCGAGAAGAAGCAGGCCGAGCGCACCAAGGCCACCGGCAAGGUAGAGUCCGCCCUGGAGCGCCAGUUCGAGGCUGGUCGUCUGUACGCCGUUGUUGCCUCCCGUCCUGGCCAGAGCGGUCGUGUCGACGGCUACAUCCUGGAGGGCGAGGAGCUCGCUUUCUACCAGCGUGCUAUCAGAAAGUAG